UCUGCAACGAGUAGGUAGUUUUAACGUCGCGCAAAGCAAUUGUGUUAAUGCAAACAUACAAAAUGUUUGCCGGUGUGAUUGCAUAAAUGGAAGAAUUGCUGCAAGAAAUAAUAAAAGAAUCUACUUCCCCGAAGCUAAACGUUCUGAAGAAAUCAUGUCAGGCUGGCUUGGACCUAUUGCGUGCGCAGGAAUGCGGCCUACGCUCGACCCGUCACAACCUGAGCCUGCCGGCUCACGAGAUCCGGCGCGCUCUUUUCUUGCCUUUGCAGCUCGCUUUAGACAGCAAGCGACCCCGCCUCAUCGCCUUCGCCCUCGAGGGUCUGCAUAAAAUUCUACGCGACGACCGGUUCCAUAGUGGGGUUGAGCCUGAAGAUGAUUCCCUCUGGACUCCCUCACAACUCCUCUCCACAACUUCUUCCAUUACUCACCAAUCACCCGACACUCAGGUCCAAAUCUUCCGUAUCUACCUAUCUCUGGCUCUGUCCCCUCGACGCACUCUUAAUGGGCGCCUGUGUGUCUGGGCGUGCGGAAGAUGUGGUGAAGCAGCCAACUCAGCACCACAUGUGGCAGCAGCCGCGAGAGCUGCUGCGGCACAGAUGCUGAGAGCUUACUGCGCACAACUUGAUGAUGAAUGCCAAGAGCUCCUCACAGAGGGAUCUCCUCUAGGAGGGAACCACAUCGUUGCUGUUGGAUGUUACAGCGAAGUUAUUCCAGUCAUUCAGUACUUAUGCAGUAGAUUAGCUGAAACUCAAUUAAUCCCAAAACAGAACGCUCUGUCACUCUUCUUCCUGGACUGUCUACUGACUCUCAUGUCGAGUCUAUCGGAGAGAGUAUGUGGAAACUCACACUUCACAACAUUUCUUUGGCAGAAGUUUUGUCCUUCGCUGAUAUCAUUUCUGGGUACUCCGCGCGUUGAUAAGAACAUUAGAUCAAGAGAACACGAUAGAAAUUUAGUUGAUGAUUCCGGCCGAGGAUCCGGGGCCUUGUCUUGCGCUCCCAGCUUCAACAGUAAACAGGCAAAGACUAUAUACAGCAUUGCUAACCAACUCGUUCGCUUAGUGGGAUCAACAUCGACCCUACGUCCUGUACUGGAGGCAUUGUAUCACAGAAUGUUGCUCUACCCUCCGAUACAGCACAGGAUCGAGCCCCUGCGGAGUGUCAGAGAGCUUCUCCAGCAGCCAAAGAGACUGUGUCAGUUGGUGCUCGUCAGAAAGAUUGAUCCUGAAAAGCACAGUGACGAUAUGGCUAUUGUACGGCUCAUAAUGGAUGGUAUCGAAGAAUGUGGCAGAAGUGGUAAUCCAGAAGUAGUGGCAGCUGCAGUGGAAUGUGUGGUGUCACUGCUGGAUGCACUGGAGAAACUUUGCUCCAGCCCGGCUGAAUUUAUAACUGAAGAUGCCGCAAAACUCAUACUGGAGUAUUGGGUGAAGUUACAGGAUGCUGACUACACAGGACCUCUGACUUACCAGACUUUAGCGAGACUACCGAGUCCAUAUCGGGAUGUAGUUGCAGUUCUACAAAGUAGCGACUCUAAGAAUGAUUCUUCUGAUACAUCGGGUCCGGAGAACUUGAGCUCAGGCAGUGAGGUGGAAGCUGAUUCGGACGUAGACAACGUGUUUCUGCCGAGUCGAACUAACAAUCCAACUUCCGACCAGAAACAACGACACAUGGAUACUGUUAAGGUGGUUCCGAAGACAUUGAAUCUUGGCAGAUGUACUGUGACAGAAUGUAAUGUGGAUUUGGAGAGACAUAACGCUCGGCAGUUUGUCAAGACAUUGCAGAAUACACUGCUGCCAAAACUUAUCAAUCUUAGGACUUGUAUUGAGGUUGAUGAAGCGAUGCAGGAGUUUGCGUCGAAGUGCUGCCAACAUAACGCGUGCCAACCGCCAGCUACCGCGUGUAUCAUGAACGCGGACGGCGUCUAUCUAGCAACCUACGCUGCCCUGCUGCUCACACUGCGACAGAAGAGGAGCACGCCCUACUCUGAUAAUAAUAAGAUACCGCUUACUGAAGAUGAAUUCGUUGAAGAAGUACAAGGUAGUGGAGUGCUGGUGUAUUUGUCGGCAACUUGGAUACGAGAGCUUUACCAACAAGUUGUUGCCACUGAUCUGCUGAGAGAUGUCCCUUCUAUAGAUCACCCGUUGAUUCACCUCCUUUCUGAUUUGGGCGGUUUGGAUCAAAACCACGUUAUGUCGGAUUGGAAGAAACUAAAGGAGGUGUCGAUGGUUUACAAUAACUCAAACGAUUCACCAGAAUAUCAAGCCAGUCUUAGAUGGGCAAGAAGAAUACUCACGUGCAUUUGGGACUCAAUGGUGACUGUGCUAAGUGUACCACUUACCGGAUACAGAAAUAAGCACAACCUACAUGGGAUCAUAUCGAAGAAGAUCAACACAUUGAGCAAACGGAAGAGAAUUGCAUGGGAGGGACUUACCAUUCAAUGCUUAGAAGGGCUACAUAAGGCAGCAAGAAUUAGUACCACGUUAAGUCUGCAGAACAGAUGCAGCAGCAUUUUAGCACUCCUAGCAAACUCAGCUAUUUCUCAACCGGCCAAUGGGAGAAUAUUGUCAACUCAUGCAUUAUCGCUUGACAUAUUGAUAUCAGGAGGUCUCGAGUUAGGUUCGAAGGCGCCAGAAUGUUGGGAUCACAUAUUUGCCGCCUGCCAGUACGUGUCGAGUUUCGAACACUCAUUGUUUGGACAACAAGGGAACAACGCUACUCCCAUAGUUGCCAUGCAGAUCGGGAGGAACAAAACUGUUUCCAUAUUGCAAGCCGAUGCCAAACUUGCCUUGGAUGGAAAAGAUGACGAGACUUGUGUGGAUGUGUUUAAUUUCUUGCAACCCGUUCUGGACAACAACACAAGCAACGAUAUGUCUGUUGCAACAAUCGUGGAAACAUGUCGCCAAGAGGGUGGCAACAUAAUAUCAGGUUCCAACGCAGCCAAAGUCUGCUGUGCUCUAACAGCGGCGGCCGACGCCCUGUACACCAAACUGGCAGCAACUACCACUCUCCCGACACUGCGAGAUGCUUUACAACGGCUUGUGGCACAGCAUCACCGACUGUUAUUCUCAAAAUGGGAUCAAGACGUAGUAAACAACAACGCCACCUGGUGGAAGCGUCGCACAGGAGGUCGAAACAGCGCCGGCGAGGCCGCCCGAGCUCUGUGUCGCGCGGGAGAUGUCGCUCUCAGGUGUCUCCGGGCCGCUAGACCACUUGCCCACCGAAUGGCAAUAUGGACUGUCGUUGGACCACACUUUAUGCAAGCCGCCUGUCACAAGGAUAUUCAAAUAUCAAGUCUAGCCAUCCAGUGCCUCCACGACUGUGCGACAACGCUUCUUAAUCAACAAGUGGAGUUGCCUCAUUUUCAUUUUAACGAAGCGUUACUGAAGCCCUUUGAAAAUUUACUGUGUCUGGAGCUCUGUGAUGAUGAUAUUCAGGAGCAAAUUAUAUCUUGCAUUUGUGAAUUCGUUGAAACCAACCGAAUGGAAAUACGAUCUGGUUGGCGCCCACUUUUCAACACUUUACGCGUGGCAAAUAAUUCCAACCAAUAUUCAUCCAUACUUGAAAUAUUUAAAGUAUUUUUAAAUACAGACAAUACCUUGGUGUUUGCCAACGCAGCACUCGACUGUAUUCUAUGCCUCCUUAGCCACAUCAAAGGACUACAUUAUGAAGAAGAUCAACAAUCCGAAACAAAACUUAAGAAGCCUUCGACACCAACACAACCGAAGCCAACUUUAAGCCUAAAAUUCUCAAAAAAUAGUAAGUUCAUACCAUUGAAUGAGGAGAAAACCGAAAAAGUAAUGGUAGAUAUGUGUAAGGAAGCUCUGUAUCACUUAGAAAACUGCGCAGACAUCUUGACUAUGAUGUAUAAUAUGCCUAAGUGCCCAAUAUUUAACACUGGCAAUAGAAUUAAAGGUGAUUUACCUCUGUCAGUAGUUGAUCCCAUAAUACCAAGUGCUUCAUUAGAUGUCACUAAAUACAUUAGCAACGACAAUUGUGCUGAAGAACUCAUUUCAUACAGAAACCUAUCAACAUCACUUCCACCUUCAAAUACAACCAAUAACUGUUUGUUAAAACUUGAUAAACCAAGUAAUAUUCUAAAAGUAUGGUAUGUUUUAAUCGAAGGACUUAUAUCGGCUACCGUUGUGUGUUCCAAAAAGAACCAGCCAGCGGCAAUGGAAACUUUAUUUAAAUUACUAAGAAAUAUUGCAGAUGUACCUGGUACCCACUUUGGUUUGCAUUGUAUUAACCAUCUAUUGUUGCCAACUGUCCAGAAUUGGCUAAGACAGAUAGCUAAUGUUAACACGCAUUGGGAUAACGUAAUGCCCAACUUUAAACAAUGUUGUGGGAUGACUACUGAUACGGUUGUUUUCUAUUUACACAACCUGCAACAAAUAAAUAUAGAAAGAUCAACAGUAAAUGACAAAAAAGAGAAAGACAAACGUGAGCCAAUUGAAAGUGUAGAAGUUACGUUUGCUUUGAAACAAAUGAUGUUGGUUUUGGUGGAAUGCAUUGCUCAACCACAAGAGCCAGUAGCGAGGUUAGGGGCUUCAUGUAUUAGGCACAUCAUAUUAACAUCUGGUCACUUACUAACAGAUAGGCAGUGGGAAAUAGUAUGUACUAGCCUGCACAGAGCGUGCAAUGUCAGCUUAAGCCCUUUGAAACAAUUAACAUUUGCAUUUAAAGAAAACUCAAACAGCUUUUAUGGCGACUUGGCUAUUGUGAAAGUGGCUGCCCGAAGAGACUGCACAGUAAAUGAUAAUGUACGACUCCAUGCAAUGGCGCAACAAGUUUUUCUAACAGAACAAUUAAGAGGAGAAAGUAAACAAAACUCGAAAAAUUCUUGUCAAGAGCUAAUCGAUGAUCGAAGUUAUAUAUUUCUUAUUUAUUUACAAGAAGCCAUAAACUCUUUAAAUCCGGAUUUAUUUAUUGUUAGAAUUCCAAACCGAAGUCUCAUUGUUGGUCUUUUGGCUCACCAAAUACUUAUUCAAAUCAUCGCUACUGUUCUUAUUCAAGCGUCUUCAGAUGUUUUUCAAGGUAUUAAUAGUAUCUUGCUAGAAAGCUUGAAAACUGGCACAACUGUUUGUAAUUAUCAGUUUUUUAUUAAUAAAUAUAACACCGAUCUCUUGCUUAAAAGUUUAGAUCUAUCAUAUACAAGGGCCAUGCAAUUUGAUUCAAGGCCCGGCCUCAAAUUUCUCGUACAGAAAGUUUCCAACUUAGACUAUGCUGCAAAUUUAUAUAAACAAACAUCUUCGGCUUGGUUGAUUAAAAUAAUUGCUCUGACAGAAAUAUUCUAUACAGGUGUUCUAAAAUUUAAAAUGAAACCUAUAGAUAUAAACAUUAUAUUGAAAAGUUAUACAUCUUCCUUAAAUACGACAUUGGAAUAUGAUCAAUUUUUGACAAAAAUAUUUGAUUUGAAAGCUACGUGGGAGCUUUUGUGCAACAGUUACUUGAAACAUCUUAUUAAUGUGUCAGAUUUUAACAAUUAUGAAGAGGCAAAGGUUCGUGAUUCUUGCAGCUCAAUUGAAAGCUCACUGUCAGAUCAUAACGCGGAAUUUGUUGAAAACAACAAAAAUGUGAACAAGAGUCCGCAAAAGCAAGUUAACGAAGAGUCAAUUGAUGAGGUACCAAAACCGUUUACAUUUGCGGACUUUAAGACAAAUGUUAAGCAAAGUAAUCCAAAUAAAGAUGUUUCUCGUAAUGGUUCAAAUGAGUAUAUUGAUGAAAAGAAUACUAUAGAAAUAGAUUCUUCGGAUAAGAGUUAUUAUGACAACGAAAUUAAUAUAAAGGAAGACAAGGAAGAAAGAAAAGUGAUCCGAUUUUCAGACAUAAGUCCUGAGAAACAAAAAAUUUCCUUUGCUUUUGAUGCAAAUGAUAAUAAACCUCCAGAUGCUAAUAUGCUAAUCAAAGAUGAUGCUUCAUUGGAGAAAAAUAAACAUAUUGAUCCUAUUAUACCACCUCAACCAAUUCCACCAGAAAUAGAACAACAGAGAGCCACUAGCAUCAACAAGGACAUGGAAGUUCAAAGGAACUGUUUCUUAAACAUUGUCAUGGCAUAUCUCGAAUUGGUACUUACUUUCCCGUUAGAAAGAUUCUUUCUUAUCUAUCCUGUAUUACAAUCGGGGUUUUUUGAGUUAGCGAAGAGUGUUAACGAUCCUCAAUUACUUGAAAGAAUAAACUUAUUCCUGGAUAAAGGAGAUUUUAUCGAUAGUGAUAUAAGUAAUUAAUCGUGAUAUUAUAUUAAUCACAAUAUUUUAUUAAUUCUCAUUACUAUCUUAUAUUCCUAAAUCUCUCAAUGUUAGUCGCCAAAUAAAAGUCAUCUUAAAU